AACGUCAAAAAGACCAGGUAAAAAUAACGUCCGCCGCAAUUACCGAAAAAAGCGGAAAAUAAUCGGGGUUUUUCCCCGAUAAAGAAAUGAAAACCCGAGGAGGUGAGAAAUUUCGCGCCAAAUCCAGAUAAAUUCAACCAAAAAUUAAAUUUUCAAAUCAACCGCCUCGAAUCAGAACCACCAACCGAGCAAAAAAAAAUAAAAAAUUUACCACCACCGUCCGAUUCAAAGAUCCCGAUAAAAUCGCAAGAUAAUUUAUUUAUCAUCAAUUUCCGAUCGUUUUAAGAUUAAGAUAAGGAUUUAUUUCGUGGAGUAACGUUAAAUUAAUCAUUUUCGUUUUAUUUAAUGGAAUGGGGAACGCGUCUAAACGGUAACGAAAUUGUUUUGGAAAUGGAUGUUGACAGAUAUCCUUUGCAUCGAGCUGUUUUUGAGAACGAUUUGAAGUGUUUAUCGCGGCUUUUAAGAAAACACGAUGUUACAACUAAGGAUAGACACGGGAACACCGCAUUGCAUUUGGCCGUUAUGUUGGGGCGAAAAGAAUGCGUGCAAUUAUUACUUAAACACGACGCCCCGGUUAAAGUUAAAAACGGACUCGGAUGGACGGUUUUAGCCGAAGCUGUUAGUUACGGACAUAGACCCACAAUAUCAUCGUUAGUAAGGAAAUUCCGGCAACAAUCUCGCGAACAAAUGGAAGAGCGGCGACCGAAUUUAGUGGAAGCUUUAAACCGUAUAAACGAUUUCUACAUGGAAUUAAAAUGGGAUUUUCAAUCUUGGGUUCCGUUAGUAUCAAGAAUCCUCCCGUCGGAUAUUUGCAAAAUAUACAAAAGCGGUGCAAACAUUCGUUUGGACACUACGUUGGUUGAUUUUUCCGAUAUGAGAUGGGAACGCGGUGACAUAUCGUUUAUAUUCAACGGAAACGCACCCCCAAAUCAAAGCCUAACCGUCCUCGAUAACGUUCAAAAAGUUUAUCAAAACGUAAAAUACGAAGAGAGCGAAAUGGAAAUCGAAGACGAGGUCGAUUUGUUGAUGUCAACGGAUAUUUUGGCGGCUCAAAUCUCAACGAAGAGUAUCUCUUUUGCUCGGGCUCAAAGCGGUUGGAUUUUUCGCGAGGAUAAAAAGGAAUUAGUCGCGGGGCAAUACGAAAGCGAACUUUACACCGUCCAUGGGUUAAUGCUUGAGAGUCGGAAACGACGUGAACAUUUAUCCACGGAUGAUUUACAAAAAAAUAAGGCUUUAUUAGAAAGUUUUACGAAAGGGGGAAAUUUGCAAUGUUUAGACCAAAACGGAGUUCCAGUUCGUAGAACGAGUUUAAGUCCACCUCCAGAUAAAAACAUCACUUGGGAUCAAUACCUUAAUUCAGAAUUAAACGGGUACCCCCGUUUAGGAAGAGACUUGGUUUAUAAAGAAUCAACAAAAUCGUUUAAAGCUACGAUCGCGAUGAGUUCCGAUUUCCCUUUAUCCGUGGAUAUGUUAUUGAACGUUUUGGAGGUUAUCGCCCCUUUUAAGCAUUUCUCGAAACUGAGGGAUUUUAUCACUUUUAAAUUACCGAACGGGUUCCCCGUUAAAGUGGAAAUACCGAUUUUACCCACGGUUACUGCGAAAAUCACUUUUCAACAGUUCCAAUUUCGGGGGGAUAUCCCCAAAGAGAUGUUUACGAAACCUAAGGAUUACGCGGAAGACCCAACACGUUUUCCUGAUUUAUGACGACCCGAAUUAAUGAACACAUUCGAGAUGAACCACGAGACUUCGAAACCCCAAUACAUAACGGAAUUCGAGCAACAACAUCUAUCGCGAUGCGGUUCGGGUCGGUCGAGUAACGGCGGUCGAUUGAUAAGGAAAUUGUUGCGUCAUAAAAACGAUCUCAAAACCACUUCAACAAUAACUACGAGUAAUAAUUCUAAUGAUAAAGAAAGCAACGGGGUGUUGGCCCCCUCAAACGUCUGCAUAGAAGUACCCAUGUUAUUCACAUUCGGUAGUGUGUACUCGACAACAUGUCUUCUAUACAUAGAGUAAAAAAAAAAUAAAUUUCAACUUUCAAAAAGUAAUUAAAUUAAAUUAAUUAGUAAUUUCUUAUUUGACAGCUAAAGUUGAGGUUAUGUAUUAGUUGUGAUAUAUCAAUCCUGGUCGAAUUAAAUGCAAUUAAAAAGAAUUGAAAGAAAAGAAUUGAGGUAAAGGAAUUGAUUUAAACUUAUUAUUUUCUUUUAAUUUAUUUUAUACGUGUAAGGAAAAACUUCAUAUCGGAAUAAAAUUUUAAACUUGUCUAAAAAAAAAAAAAAUUAAAAAAAAUCAUAAAAAUAAUUCGAUGUAUCUUUAAACAAAUCGAUUAAGUAUUAAUUAAAAGUAAAAUUGAAAAGAAAUCGAACGGAUCUCAAAUUAAACGUUAAAAAGUGGAUUUAAUUCACUUCAUGACAGCAAAAAAA